AUGGAUCGAGUACGGGUAAAUUGGGACCUCGUUUUAGCCGCCGAAUUGGGCAAAGCGCUGUUGGAAAGGAACCAGGAGCUGACCAGACAGAGCGAGGUUCUCGCCGAGGAAUAUUCGUCGAAAUUAGAGAGUCUGGAACAAGAGAGGCACCUGCUCCGUCGAAGGCUGGAGGAAGCGAGGGGCGAGAACGAGGCGAAAACGUUGGAGCUGCAGGCGGACGUAGAGACGCUGAGGAGUCAGCUAGAGGAGCAGAAUGAGCGGGCUAGAAGAGCGGAACGGGACCAGGCGACCCUCGUCGCGGAGCUCACCGCUCAAAACACGAGGCUGGCCGAUCAGCUGAGGGAGGCCGCGAAGCAGGAAGAGCAGCUGCUCAUCGAGGUCAAGGUGCUGAGGGAAAAGUGUGCCCUCAGAAGUACCACGCUCCAGGAUCACGUGAGCAGUCUGGAGGUUCUCAGGGACGAGGUGCAGCUGGUGUCCGCGCAAAGAACAGAAUUAGAGAGGAGGUCCUUGGAGCUGCGGGAGGAGCGGGCGAGAGCGAUGGCGGCUCUGGAAGAAGCCGAGGAUAGAGCCGCGGCCUUGGAGCGACUCGGCCACGAAGCGGAACACCGGGCGAAGUUGGCCGAACGCGAGAGGGACGAGCUGGCGGCGACAUUGGCGGCCAUCGAGGCGGACAGGAGAGGCAGAUCCGGCUCGAUACAGAAACCACCGAGGUCCCUGCAGGCCGAGAUGGAGUGCGAGGAGAGCGGAAGCUCGCUGGGGGAGCAGGAGGAUUUGCGCGCAGAGAUGGCUAGGGCGGUGAAGCGGUUGAAGGAGCUGUGCGUCCAUCUGAGACGAGGAGAGGACGACUCGGGAUUACAGAGCGACUGCGACGAGUCCAUGCUCGUGAUCGUGAACAACACCGCGGAAACGGAGGAGGUGAACUCCAACGGGCAGGAGACUCUCCCUAGCUCGGCCAAUUGUCCCGGUGCUUUGUUGGACCUGGUAGAGGAGGUAUACAACUUGGCUCUCUCCGGCAGAGGGGCACCCGGUGAGCUGGGUUUGGCCGUGGAGCUUCACAGGGUACGCGAAGAGCUGGAGAACGCGAAGGAUCAACACAAGCAGACGCAAGAGGAGCUGAAGAGGCGCGGGGAGGCCCUGCUCGAUAUAACGAGCAAACUCAGCGUGAGCGAGGCUGAAUUGCGCGGCGUUAGAGAGGAACGCGAUAGAGCCCGCGACGACAUAGAGCACUCGCAGUUAACGAAGGAUGAAAUAUUGGCCCAGGCUUACAAGGUCAGGGAUCAAGCUGUAGCUAGGAAAAACAGGGCCGAGGUGGAGCUGGCCAAAACGAGGAUAGACGUUCUCCAGGCUAACAGUCAGCUGAUGGAAGCUAUCCAACAGAAGAUCGAACUUAGCCAACAGUUGGAGCAAUGGCAGAUGGACGUGCAGUCCCUUUUGGACGAACAUGUUCGAAGCAAAUUGAUGCCAGUUACGAACUCUAUAACCGCCGCGAACUCUGAGAAUUCGGAAAUAGUGGCGCCAGCGAGGAAAAAGAGGAGUACCGGCUCGACGAAGAAGAUGUUUGGCCUGUUUUGACGAAAAUGACUGUUCGCGUAGGACUUGCUGCGCGAAACGAAAGCCAAGAGACACCGGUGCACGGUGAGAGAAGAAGACUGCGCUCGAAAAGAGGUUGUUCCUCGUACUUUUCGUUGUGGCGCCAGCGUAUCAGGGACCAUUCGUCCGCUCAUCUAUCCGUCGCGUUUGGAGACAGACUGUCGAUUCGAAUUUGAGCGGCAAACACGCCAUAGAAGGCGCUUUGCGUGCAUCGUUUUUCCGCGAUGAUGAUUUAUACAGCUGAUAAGUUUCUGAGAAAAUUUGUCUUUAGUCGGCAAGUUUGCUAGGUCGUGUCUCGAUCUUGGGAUGAUUAUCUUCCUUAGCGUAGAUUCUCUCGCAUCGUUAAGUUUUCAUCGCCAUUCUUCGCAACAGAUUUAUCGUUUCUCUGCCUUUUUUCUUUUCCCGUGAAAUCUCGAAUGGUAUACCUCGAUACUCGUUCGAAUACAAAGCAACGAAAGAAAGUUUCUUCUUUGUAGACGUCUGUUCGAUGCAUCGGGGAAAGAAGGAAAGCGCCAGCCAGCAGACUUAAGCGAUUACUUGGUCGAUGGCGAAACGCGAACUUUUUUUCUCCUCUGAGCGAACGUCUCGUCAUUCGAGUAAUCGUGGAACGACUCGUUACCACUGUAAGAACGAUCUCUAGUGGCGUCUUCUCGCAAAGAUGUCCGGGCUCGCGGGUACAAACUUGUCAUUAUUCCGAACGAUGCGAUUAAGCGAAACAGUAGCCGAUUCACUCGUCCUCCUUUUUUUAUCGGACGAGGCGCAACGACACGGCCUAAAGAGAGUCGAACUUGUUCAACCCGCGGCUGUAGAUAUAUAAAACGUUUGUGAUAGACUCGUGUGUCUUACGUUAGUAUUUACGAGAACGAAAUUUCUUUAAUCGUUGAUUGUGAUACGACUACAUAUAUAUGUAUAUAUAUAUAUAUUUUAUCCCUGUUACGGUAAAUUCUAAGAAUCGAAUUUAUAUAAGAUGGCGUUAUCGUCGGUAAAUCGAUGACGAUUAGUAAUGAAGAAUGAAUGAAAUUAAACUUCGGAAUUUAGAACGGGACUUAACGGCUUAUAUUUUCGUGUUUUAUUUCUUCUUUUAAUUCGCUUGAAUUUUAAAAACGUAAUCAACGUCCGUCCGUCCCCGAGUGGACCAGGAAAUUAAAUAGUGCGACUCGAAAACCGUGGAAAGGAAGCGACACUUUUGCGGCUAAUGGUGAAGGUCGAUCGACCAAGCUGUGACCAUACACCCCUUUACACAACGACUGUGCAAUAAACUUGUUAGAGAAAUUUUUUCACGCGCGUUUGCGCCGAUCAACCGCGACGAUGUUCCUCGACAUUCUUUCUCUUCAUUCCAGUCUGAACGCUUAGCUUUAAUUAACGAUCGAUGUUAAGCAACAACGAAGCGGUUGCUCGCGAAUCACUUAACGCGGCCGCGUAGCCUCUGUGCUCGCGUGCAUGCGCGCAGAUAGCCUUCUUUGUAAAUUAGUAGUCGACGAGUUGAUUGUACUCGUCGAUAUUGUACGAUAACUGUAUAAUUCCACCUGAUCUGAACGAU